AUGGAUCCCCUCAGCGCUCUACGUGCAACUUACUACAUUGUUCUCUUUGGUAUCGAACUGGAUCAGGUCCCACAAGAAGUCAGAAACAGCCUAGAACUUGUGCGUACCUGCCACACCGACUUGCAGUAUCUUAUCGAAAUCCGCAAUGAGCUGCUGCCCCUUCUUCAGAGACGCCCCAAAGUCCUUGAGCGUGUCAACAGCAUCGUCGAAACAACACACAAGGGCUUGGUCGAGGUCUGUGAGAUCGUGGAAAAAAGUCGCCCUCAGCUGAACAAUGGAAGGACCCCCUUCAGGAGUAGGCUGUCCUGGAUUCUUUUCGACUCCGCACAGUUCAAAGCACAAAGACCGGUCAUCAGCCGUCAUCAUGCUUCCGUUCUCGCAGAAUUGAAUUUCCUGCGACAGAUUGCGCUGCUUGCGCCAACCCCGGAACGCGGUAAUGGCGAUGAUGAUGCCUCCAAGAAACCGACGAUGUUGUUUGACAACGUUGCACUCUUGGAGGACUUGAUCGGGAAGGCCAAUACCUCAGGAUCCGUGACCUCAUUACCGGCCUACUCAAGCGAUAUCAACCCCCCCGAGCAACGUCAACCAGCCGAUUCAAUAACAAGUCAGGCCUUCUUUGCUUUAUCCUCCGGCCCUUCUACUGUCCUCCGUGGUGUCUUCCUUGUCGUCUAUGCGUGGAACACCCGGGCUUUCCAACUCGGAGACCACAUUGGUAGUUCGAUCCACCUCGGCAAUGUCUUUGGAAAAUACAGCCCAGAGGCAACGACCGCCGUCAUUCCGUAA